UCACCUCUCUCCAUCUCGGCGGUUCAGAUUCAAACCGGCCACAACGAGCAUCCUAGCCAGCCUUGAACCACGACACUACCUGCGGUUGACAGUCAAUUAGCUUUGCCUUGAAUAUCGCUUCAUUCAACAACGACGACCAAUACAACCGACGACUGCGCAUUGCCCUAUUCGAACAGGGAACGAACGAGCGACGCCCUGAAAACCCCUGAAUUUCGAGCCGCAAUAGACCAGGUAUCAACCAGUCAACAACCAGUUGCCCAUCAUGUCUUGGGCGGGCUUCAAGAAGAAUGUCAACCGCGCUACGACGCAGGUGAUGAUGAAGACUGGCCAUGUCGAGAAGACAAAUGACCGAGAUUAUGAAGUUGAAGAAAGACGUUUCAGAACCAUGGAGGCGGCAUCGCUGCGGUUACAGAAGGAGGCAAAGGGAUACCUCGAUUCUCUGCGAGCGAUGACGGCCUCACAAAUGCGUAUUGCCGAGACAAUCGAUGCCUUCUACGGCGAAGCCGGCGCUAAGGACGGCGUGAGCAGGAGCUACAAGCAAGCAGUAGAGGAUUUGGAUGCCGAAACGAUCAAGGCGCUCGACGGGCCAUAUCGGACGACAGUGCUAGAGCCCAUCUCGAGAUUUUGCGCCUACUUUCCCGAUGUGAAUGAGUGUAUCAAGAAGCGCAGCCACAAACUCCUCGACUACGACGCACUACGUGCCAAGGUUAAGAAGCUGGUCGAAAAGCCCGACAAGGAUGUUACCAAGCUCCCAAGAGCGGAGAAGGAGAUGGACAUGGCCAAGGCAGCAUACGAACAGCUCAACGAACAAUUGUGCACGGAGCUGCCACAGCUCAUCGAUCUACGCGUUCCUUACCUUGAUCCAUCAUUCGAGGCACUUGUCAAGAUCCAAUUGCGGUUUUGCGCAGAGGCUUACAGCAGAAUGGCUCAGGUGCAGCAGUACCUAGAUGCGGACACUAGAGAUCAGUACGCUGAGGGCCACUUGGAUAGCAGAGUCGAACAGGUGCUACAGGAGAUAAGAGAACUGAGCAUCAGUGGGACCGUGUAAAGGGGGUUGAGAGGGUGAUUACUGGAAACUUGGAUGGGACUGGAAAUUCUUAUGUUGUUGUAAUUGGCGUUUUGAGAUGGGACAUUGGCCGGUUGGAACAGAGCCUGUAUGCAUUCUUACAUACCCUAUGCAUGCUAUUUAGCCUUCUUUUGGUGUGAGGUCUUGUUUUAGAAGUUUGACCUGGCAGGUUUGCUGUAUUGCCCUUGCUGAUUAGAUCACAUGAACAAGCAGGCGGUUCUUCUUAUUGGACGUUUUUAAACCUAUGCAAGCUUAUAUCGCCAUCACAGUCAUGUUCACCCAUGUUAUAUACCUGGG